GUUUGGACGAGGUAACGAUAUUUAAGCAUAACUUAUUCAGGUUUCGUAAAUCUUCGUUAUGAGUUUAUAAUAUAUUUCAACUAUAACACUUGCUUUUGAAAAUCGCAUUUAUUUUUAAUAAUGGGAUUAUAACAAUCCUUAUGUCUCACGAGUCUGUUUUCUUGCUAUUUUAUAAUUCCGUAUUUUUGGGGUUUGACAAGUAGAAUAGUUAUUACGAAUAUGGAAACACCACAGACAAAGCAACAGUGACGUUCCAGGCGUUGGUUUUUCAUAUAGCCAAUCAGGUAACGAGAUUUCAUGAAUUAAACCAAUCAGAGUAAAGUUUUGUCACAUGGUAUUAUUUGUCGAUCUCCCAAGCCGGUUUCCUGAGCGAAGUAAACAAGAAACUGACGGUAUACCGGUAAUAGGCGCUGCCAAGGUUGUUCCGGCUGUAGAUAAAUACUGUCAGCUGUUUGUGCUGCAGGAGCAAAAGUAAUAUAUGAAAUAUAAGCUAAUCAGUUUCAAAACAGAAGACUUUCUAUGGUGUGAUUACUAAAAUGUCGACUGGAAAACGGUUAGCCAAACGAUCAAUUAUUGGAAUGAGAGUUUGUGCACCUAUUGAAGAUGGGCGUUUUUACCCAGGAGUAAUACAUGCAACGAAAACCGAAGCAGGUGGUAAAGAUACGAUAAUAUACUGCAUUUUGUUUGAUGAAAAGAAGUUGCCACUCAAGGAGUUCAGAGCUAACGAAUUAAUUGGGCCAAGUUUCCAAAAUAUUGCAAGUAUAAAACUUAAAAAUAAGCAAAAGGUUUACGUCACGUACAAUGGACGUGAAGUGGUGGGAACUGUGGUUCAUCACCGACCAGAUAUCGACCAGGUCAUUCUGAUUGUUGAACCUUCAUCACACAAUUGCCAUUUAACAAGGCCUGUAGAAUUAAAAAAGAAGAUAGAAGAAAUUAGACUGAUUGAAAGUCGUAAGUCGGUUAGACUUCUGGAUAAUGACACCGACUACUCCAAACUAGCUGAAGGACAAGAACCACGAAGAAGGACCUCAUCACUCACUAUCGAUGUCCCUUCAAAUUCAACACAGAGUGGUCGCAAGCGACGCCCAAGUUCAGCUGAAGAUGGUGACGUUAUGGAUGAAUGUAUGGCUGCUAUGGUACUAAUGAGUCUGUCUUGCAGUCCAAAGUCCCCACGCUUUCCUGAUUUUGGUGGUUACCCUUACUCCUAUAUAGGCAGCAACAGUAGCUCAGAUGUUUCCAGCUGGGAUAGUCUAGGAUCAUCUAUUCGAACCUCGACACCUUCACCCCCUAGUUCAUCAUCUGUUGUUGCAACAGAAACUGUGAAGCAGAAAGAAGUUCAAGAUGAAGGAAUUGAAAUGGAUGAAAGUGUGGUAUUUAUGGAAGAGUCUACUGUUGAUAAACGAAAGAAACAAGUUGUGUUCCAAUGUACUUGGCCAGGAUGUAGACGGCAAUAUGACACAUGUAAAGAUAUUGAAAAACAUGUUCGUACCUUACAUUUAAGGCAAUACAAACAACAGGGAAUAGAAUUGAAUGAUCAUGAGGAGGAGUUUUACUAUACAGAGAUUGAGAAAGAAAUUGAUGUGGGGAACCAGUUAUCACCACCACCCAGUUCAGAAAGUAAUGGAAUUGAAGGGCUAGUAUCUCCAACAUUACCAACUAUUUACACAUCUAUGGCUCCUACUCUUAGUCAUUUGGACAUGGUGAGACCUCCUGAAGAAAAUCCAGAGUUUAAAUGUCAGCAAGAACAAUGUUCAAAGUCAAGCCCUAUCAACAUCCCCCAAGGACAGACAUCAGUGAUUCAGUGGUAUCCACACCAUUCAUAUGCUGCAAGCCUUCCAAGUACUAUGGUUUCAACUCCUAAGUACAUACGUCUAAGCCCCAAAUCUCUUUCCACAUCACCCAAGUGCUUGCCACAACUACGAAAACUUCGAUCAGAAAGUCGAAAAUGUCGUAAAGUUUAUGGCAUGGAGAACAAGGACCUGUGGUGCACCCAGUGUAAAUGGAAGAAAGCUUGUACCAGAUUUGUGGACUAAAUGAGAUUGUUUAGCAACUGCGAUUGGAGAGAAUUAAUGAGACAUGCUUUAUUACAGUGACUUGUACAGCCCAACUAUAUAGAAAUACAGUUUGAUACUUACCAUUGAGAUUUAUUAUCACACUUUAGUACAAACUUGUAAUGUUAAGGCAUGUUGUUUACCAGAAUGUAUUGGAACAGAUUAUUACUAAACCAAGAACUUUUACUGAUUAAAUUGGCAAUUUUUGGCACAAGAAAUGUAAAUUUGCAUCUUUCCAUUUUUCACUUUACCAACUAAUAACUAUAUCUUUGUUUGUUUGUUUUUGUUUUUUUUUAAAAAAAAGAUUGUAUGUCACAUCAUUGUUCUUGGGUUCUUUAAUAGUUUUAUAAAACUACCUUAGAAGAGAGAUACCAAAUUAUAUAAUUUUAAACUGACUGCCAUAUUAAAUGUUGCUCAAAAACAUGAUAUUCAGGCUAGUGUAAGCAAUAUCUUUAUUUGAAACUGAUAGGUACUACAUAUUUUAAAAUAUUUUAUUAGAUAUUAACUUCAUAAGUGAUUAGUUUCUGUUCUUAGUAUGCCAUAUCUUUUCCAAAUGUAAUAAAGGUUAUUCAAGUUACAAAUAUAUUUAAGUAGAUGUGGAGCUAAGUUUUAUCAAGCAGCUAGCUUAUGCAAGUAAUUUGAUCUAUAGCUUUGUUUCUAAAAUGAGAGAAACUUAACUAGUAUUUAACACACACAUCCAGGACAUGAAAUUUUAAGUGACAGCUUUGACUUAGGGCAUUAUACUCACAAAGUUAAAUCUUCAUAUAUAUACGGUAGAGAAUCUUUUUUAAAGUUUUAUUUGUUUCAUAUUUUUACUGUAGAGUUUUAAGUACUUCAUAUCAAUUAUUAUUUUUUUUAAAACAAAGUUACAAAAGAAAAUUAAAGCACGAGCUUACAUUGCUGGAUUUGGUUUUUUGAUGACUUUUGUGUUAUAAUAUAAAUUGAAUGAUUUUCUAAGUAUAUUCACCUUGUUUUACAGUUCAUUAGCUACACAACACCUAAAUAAACCAAAUGUUCCUUAAGAUAUAUGAUCUUUGAACAGUCGAUGUUGAAGAACUGUCUUUAUGUUGGAGGAACCUAUUAUUCCACACUGACAUGUAACCAUAAGGAUACUACAGUAUUGGUUAAACCUUAUAUUACAUUAACAUGGAUAAGCCCACAUUUUAUAUGAUAUUAUAAGUUUUGAUGUAUGACCAACCAGAUAAUAUUGUUAGAUAAUUUUAUUGUUUAUCUUCCUUUCAAAAACUAUUAUAUUUUAAAAAAGGCUUAGUGUGUGCCUUUUUAUCUAGUUGGGUAUAUUUCUUAACAGUUAACUUUAUAAUUGCAUGACUUAUAUGACAUUUGCUAGGGAAAGUUCAUUGUCCCAUGGAAUUUUUUUUGUGAAACUUUGAAGUUAUAGUUGGUAUCCAGUCCUAUUUUGAUAGUUUUGUCAUCAUUGCAUGCAGAUUAAAUUUGCCCAUUAUUUUUAAAAUUUUAUUUGUCUGUUUUUGGAAAUAUAUUUCGCUCUCUCUUUCUUUACUUUUCAACUGUGAAAAUAAUCUUACUGGAAAAUGGGUUAUGUAUUCUUAUUAUGAAUUAAAUUUCUUAGUCAUUAAGAGCACAACCUCAACCUACAGAGUGAGGUUGUCACUUAUUGCGUGUAACUUUAACCUCUGGUUAGCUGUUAAUAAAAAUGUCAUUUCUACAUUGUAAUACUAAAAUUGUUGUCAAAAAAUGGAAACAUCCUGUUGUACUUUUAAAAAGGAAAUCUCAGCUAUUGUGGCAAUAACAGAUAAAAACCUUUUUAAUAGCUCUGCUCCACUGGAUUUUUAUAAAUUUAUUUUUGAAAAUGUAAUUCUUUAUUAUUAGAAAAAUGUGAAAUAAUUGUUUUUGCACCUGCAGAAAAUUUUCAUAACAUGUAAAUUCAUAAGUAUAAUAUGUUAGUAAUAUAAAUAAUGUUGAAAUUACUUCACAUUUAUUAUGUUAAUUUUGUAUUAUGUUUUUAAGACUUUUAUGCAAUAUUAAUAUUUGAUUUCAGUUUUAAUCCACCUGUGAAAAAGUCACUUCCUACUAUGAUCUUUAAAAUUGUUAGUAAAUGUUCCUGACCAAUGUUUUAUUGAGGCUUCUUUUUAAUCAUAAAAAUUCUGUUGAUUAAUAUGAAUCUUCAAAAAAAUUGGAAUUAUAUAAGCAUUCUAUUAAAUAGUAGGGUGGUUUAAUCCUAAUGGUGGGUAUAAAAAAACAUACAAAGUAGUUGGUUGAAUAAUGAUUUUCAUUCACUGCAAAUCCUUGCAAGGCAGAAAAAUGUUUUAUUUUGUUACUGCAGUAAGUAUGAAGAAAAACAUUUGUAAUGAUUGAAUUUCAGAAUCUUCCAAGUAAACAAACGUAUUUCCAGAUUUAGGUGUUAUAUAUGUAAAAUUCUCAAUCUUAUUGUACAAAAACAUUAUUUUGCAAUUUUUGUUACGAUUUGAAAAUUAUAGUAAGUGAUGAAAAUUUUGACACUUCUGAAAAUGCUGUGGGCUUUAUUCUGUUGGAAGAAAUGAGCUGACUUCCUUUCAUUACAGGAUAAGGACCAUUUAUUCACAUUUAGAAGAUAAUUUGUGCCUUAAUCAUUUACCUCAGGAGAAAGCUGUAUAUAACUAUUUGUAAAUCCUCAAAGAGAAAGGCAAGCAUACAAGAAAUAGACCUUACAGAUAACAGUGUAUCUUUAUAAAGUUUUAUAGCUUUUUGUUUGUUUUUUACUGAAUAAGACAAGAAUUGUCACUUUUCUAUCACACUGUGAUAUUAAGAAAAUAGUUUGAUACUGUAUGUUUUAUACAUCUUUUUAACAAGUUAAUUUUAAAAUGAAAUAUAAAUGUGAGUUCUGAUGCAAGAUGCUAAAUACUACCAAAAAUAGUUUUUGUAUAAAUUUGAUGUGAAUCAAACUGAAAUAGAUUAAUAUCAUCAUUAAAAUGUGUGACAAUAUACUGUCAAUUUUGCAGUUUGUUUCACCUUUAAAUAGUGUAUAUGUAACAACAACAAAAAAAAAAACUUACUGUUGUGGUUGUACAUCUUGUAGUCCUGUACUUGAUGCAAUAUCUCUCUAACAUCUUUGUUGUCUCUCUUAAUUGCACACAUGUUCUCUCCAGAAAAAAAAAAUAUAAAUUUUAGAAUUUUUUGCAGAACAUUUUCAUGCUUAUAUCCUUUUGUAGCUAGUAGCUACAGUUAUAAAUAUUUUUGCCAUAUAAUUUACAUUGUUGUUGUAGUCUUGAGAGUAAUAUAACUGUAUAGUCACAGAGUGAACAAAACACAGAAUGUGGCUUAAACUGUGUUUGGUAAAUUAAAUGUUUCUACUUAGUUCUUGUUUGAUAUAUAUAAAGUAGUUGUUUUAUAAAUGUGUCACUUGUAAUGUGUGCUUUAUUCAAAAGUUGAAUUAUGAAGUUGGAGUUAGUAGACUUUCAAAAAGUGUUUUGACUAUGUUAUGUUUUUUCAUUAUAUUGCAUUUGUUGUUUCUCUUAAUGUUUAGGGAUUGUAUUUGUAACAAAGGUAUGUUUGAAACAUAAUUAAAAUGCCCAGGUAAAAUGACUAACUAGUUCAAAUCAGUGUGAAAUAGAUGUUGUUUUCACACUCAAUAACACUUAUAAAAAAUGGUACAACUGGCUUUUGUUAAGAAAUAAUUAUCGGAAUAUAUUACAAGCACUUAAUUUUUUGGUUACUAAAUCUUGUAAGCAGCCAAAAUCAUGUUUCAAUCAUGAUUUUAACUUUUAUUAUCUAAGGAUGUAAAACAUUUUUGCUGUGGAUGUACUGUGUCAUCUAAUUAUUUCAUGCUUUUUCUUAAUUGUAAACAAUGUUUAGUUACUUAUGUCUAUUUGAGAUUGGUGGUCAAAUCCAUUGCGUAUUUUUUAAUAAUAUUAAACAUUCUUGCAUUUUAUUUAGUUGAUUAUUGUAACUAAUAUUUAACUGCAGUAUCUAUUGACUUUUAAUAUAGACAAAAUCCUCUUGUUAGCAUUGUUAGUACUCAGUCUCUCAAGUAGGGUAAAUUUUCAACUUUAUGAGGUUAUGACACUUAAAUUACUAUCUAUGGUAACACCAUAGAAGUUAUUAUUGAGUGUUAUUUAAAUGAAUAAACUAGUAAAAACAUUUGUUAUCAUUGGAUGUACCAAUGCUAAACAUUACCCAAAAAAAGCAAGUACUUUCAGCUGGUAGGCUUUUAUUCACUCUGAGCUAAAGGGCACAGAUGAAAGUGCUCACUUAUUUUGGGCUAUUUUUAGCUUUAUUGUGUAAUUUUAAGUUGUUUUUUUUAUGUGAUCCACAGUGCUGUCACUUAAAUGGAUUAGUUUAAAAUAUAUAUAUAUGCUUUUUACAAGUAUGUUUUAUUUCAAUGUUGUCUUUAUAUUUUCAUUA